AGAGCCGAAGAUGUCGGCUCGGUCAUGUGAUCAGCUGUGUCCAAUCACAGCUGAUCACAUCAGUGCCACUUGUCAGUGUCCAUCAGUGCCAGCUCUCAGUGCUCAUCCAUGCCACCUGCCAGUGCCCAUCCGUGCCACAUCAAUGCCACAUAUCAGUGCCUACCAGUGCACAUCAAUGCCACAUAUCAGUGCCCAUCUGAGCUGCCUUUCAGUGUCACCCAUCAGUGCCAGUCAGUGCCACCUAUCAGUGCCAGUCAGUGCCACCUAUCAAUGCCAGUUAGUGCCGCCUAUCAGUGUGCAUCAGUGACGCCUAUCAGUGCCAGUCAGUAUUGCCUAUCAGUGCCAGUCAGUGUCGCUUAUUAGUGCCGCCUUUUUCAGUGCCCAUCAGUGAUGCCUGUCAAUGCCCUUCAGUG